AUGAAUGACAUAAAUGCUUUUAACAUGGAUAAUUCUAAUUGUUCAAGACAAUUAAAAUUUGGCAUGGAUCGCAUAUUAUCGAAUGAAAUUUGUACCAAAAAAACAGAUAUUCUUAAGCCACCUCCAAUACAAUUUCCACCAAUACGUUGCCCCUGCAUCGAAAGUUGCGAGCAAUGCGAAACUGUUAGAACUGUCAAAACGUGCAUUUCAUUCCCGCAUGCCCAUUUGUCAUUACCUGAGGGUACCACACACACACCUGCAUCUUAUACUGGACUAAUGGAGACUUUAGGAACUUUAUAUCGGCCGGCACCAUUACGUCCUUUACCAAAAGCACUUAUUUCAUCUUCCUCGGCAAUAAACUCUUCAGAAACAAACACACGAAGAAAAAGAUCGUGGUCUAGAGCCGUCUUUAGUUCUUUACAGCGAAAAGGUUUGGAAAGAAGAUUCUCUCUGCAAAAAUACAUUACAAAACCAGACAGGCGACAAUUGGCAGCGACUUUAGGUCUAACCGAUGCACAGGUUAAGGUUUGGUUUCAAAAUCGUCGGAUGAAGUGGCGACAUACAAAAGAGAGCGAAAACGUUGUAUUUGGUCCAGAUUCCACACAAAAGGAUUUUCCACAAAAAUUAAUUAAAUCUGUCACCAAUGAUACAACACAACAAGAUGAAGAAGAUAUAGAAAUCGAUUAA